GCGGGCCGGGCUCCCAAGGGCGGCGCUCCGCCUAACCUCGCGGUGGGGACGAAGCGCGGCAGCGCAGCCAAGCCACUCCAAGGAAAUGUCAGUCCCCCUGAUGUUUUUGAAGGUGCGCUCUUGGACUCGAUGCCUGGCUCGGGGCCGUUGCUUUCCAGGACAGGCCUGCUCUGGCCUCAGGGUUUCCCGCUCUGCCUUCAAAGGCCUGCAUACCGACACCUCCUGUCCUGGGCACGUGGCCCCCGUCUUCACCAGAGCACCGGCGUUUGGAGAGAAAAUAGCCAUUGUCGACCAAAAUGGCGAGCACACCUACAAGGACCUGUACGCUCGAAGCCUGCACCUGUCCCGGAAGAUCUGUGCAGCCCUCGGGAACACAACCGGAGACCUGCAGGGCGAGCGGAUCUCAUUUUUGUGCCCCAACGACGCCUCCUACGUGACCGCCCAGUGGGCCUCGUGGAUGAGUGGCGGUGCAGCCGUCCCUCUCUUCAGGAAGCACCCUGCCUCGGAACUGGAGUAUUUCAUCCAGGAUUCUCAGAGCGCUCUCCUGGUGGUGGAAGAGGAGUAUGUGGAGCAGAUCAUGCCCAGCGCCAAGAAGCUUGGCGUUCCUGUGCUCUCGCUGCUCAAAUCUGGGAAAUGUGACUCAGCCGCGGACACUCCCCCCGCAGAAGCCGCCUGCCCCAUCUCCGAGUGGAAGGACCGGGCUGCCAUGAUCAUUUACACAAGCGGCACCACCGGGAGACCGAAAGGGGUCGUCAGCACGCAUUGGAACGUCCAGGCGGUGGUCACAGGGCUGGUCGACAAAUGGGAGUGGACGAAGGAUGACGUCAUUCUCCACGUCUUGCCUCUGCACCACGUCCACGGUGUGGUGAACAAGCUGCUGUGCCCCCUCUGGGUGGGCGCGACGUGCAUCAUGCUCCCCGAGUUCAACGCAGAAGCAGUCUGGCAGAAGUUCCUGAGCCUGCAAGCGCCACGCAUCAGCGUCUUCAUGGCCGUGCCCACCAUCUAUGCCAAGCUGAUCGAGCACUACGACCGGCACUUCUCCCAGCCCCACGUCCGGGACUUCAUCCGUGCCGUCUGCCAGCAGAAGAUCCGGGUGAUGGUGUCAGGAUCCGCGGCCCUCCCCGUGCCCGUCCUCGAGAGGUGGAGGAGCAUCACCGGACACACGCUGUUGGAGAGGUACGGCAUGACGGAGGUCGGGAUGGCGCUUUCCAACCCGCUUCACGGCCCUCGUGUCCCAGGGUCAGUGGGGACGCCGCUGCCCGGCGUCAAGGUGCGCAUCGCCACAGAAAGUCCGCAAAGGGACGGCCUUGCCCCCGUGGUUCACGUGGAAGGGGACGAGUUCGGCACAAAGGUGACCCCGGGCUUGAGUGGCAAGGAAGGGGAGCUCUUUGUGGCGGGGCCGACGGUGUUCCGCGAAUACUGGAAGAGACCGAGGGAGACGCGGGAGGCCUUCACCCCGGACGGCUGGUUCAGAACAGCAUCUCCCCCCACGCCUCGUCUCUACAGCCCUUUGCGGGGAAUUCUGUUCGUGCAAGAGCGUCGCCCUGCUGGAAUGCCGAGCGUGGCGGCAGCCCUGGCCCGCCUCGCUCCUUCGCGCCAUCCCAAAUCAUUCGGGCCCCGAAGCAGAGACUCUGACGGGGGCGUCCCCGCCGCCCCGCACCUGGCAUUGAGGCGCGAUGCAGGAGAGCAGAGGAGCUCACUGUCCAUACCUGCUGCCAGGAAAGGCUCCAAGAGGCCGCUUGCCACCCCAGGCCCCUCCAGCUGUUCCCCCUCGGCCUCAGUAGGGGCACUUCCCAAGUACUUUCGAGAUCCCUCCGAAGAAAGCGACCGGCACACACAGGAGCUGCUGUUGCCUCGGACCACUUCAAAGAAGCGCUCCCCAAGGGGGCCUCGUUCUGGACUCCCCCAUCCCGCCAGCACGCGAAUUCGGAGAGCUCGGCAGCUCUCCAGGCCACAGGCCUCUUGCGAAAGACUGCAGCGGGGAAGAUGCCUCGUCCGGUCUGCGCCUUUCCAGGGUGGAGGAUCGCCGUGACACGGACGAGGCCGGCAGUGGGGAAACCCCGGGAGCUUGCCGGGCACGGACAGGCCCUCCGAGUAGCGAUCUGGCCAGCCCGCCUCCUGGGGGACCUGCUGAAACUCCGGGGUGCUGUGGAGCACUCCUGAAGUAGGAGCCCCGGGCCUGUGUCUUGGUCUGAACCCAUUUCCCGGUUGCACAAACAUCGGCCAGGCCUACUUCCUGCUUCUGGCCACGGCUUCCGGAGAGCCCAGAGGCCUGGCGGGAAGGUGGCGACCUCCCGCUCGCUGCCCACAGCUGGAAUUCACAGGCUCGCUGCGCACGUCCCAAGCCUGUGGAAGUGCUUGACCACAGCCCCCGAUCCCCCAGCCAGAGCAGUAGUUGGACACAUCCGGAGCACAUGUGGGUUGGGAAAGCAUCGGCUGACUGCCUCGGGGUGGCGAUGCCUUCCAGGCACGGAGCUGGCCCGGCCUCCUCCCGUCCCGGGCCACUCUGGGCUCUCCCACUUCCUCUCGCUGUUUGCCCACCGUUCCAAGCGCCAAGUCACACUGCCCAGCCAUCCCUACCAUGCUGCAGCUGUGCCUGAGACCAAAGGGGUGGAGCCAGAGGAGGCCCCGCCCCCUGCCCCGCCCCCUUCCAUGGCACCUCUCCUUUCCC